GUUGAUAUUUUGGUAGAACACCAGGAAGUGCGGAAGAAGACGAGGACCGAAACCAGAAGGGCUGAACUUGACAACUUUUGUUACAUUUUUUGUGGGGGGGUUUCUUGAGUAUUUGGUUGUUGGGUUUUCAGAAAGCUUCUUCAAAAUGCCGGCUAUGGAAAAACAUCUCUUCAAUCUAAAAUUUGCUGCCAAGGAGCUCCAAAGAAAUUCAAAGAAAUGUGACAAAGAGGAAAAAGCAGAAAAGACGAAAGUUAAGAAGGCCAUCCAGAAGGGGAACAUGGAGGUAGCACGGAUCCAUGCAGAGAAUGCCAUCAGACAGAAGAACCAGUCUGUGAACUACCUGAGAAUGAGCGCUCGAGUCGACGCAGUGGCAGCUAGAGUCCAGACGGCUGUCACGAUGAACCAGGUCACAAAGUCUAUGGCUGGAGUGGUGAAAGGCAUGGACGCUACUCUGAAGAGUAUGAAUCUGGAAAAGAUCUCAGCUCUUAUGGACAAAUUUGAGCAUCAGUUUGAAACUCUGGAUGUUCAGACAGCCCAGAUGGAGGACACCAUGAGCAGCACAACAACCCUCACCACGCCGCAGAAUCAAGUGGAGUCAUUGAUGCAUGAAAUGGCUGAUGAAGCAGGUUUGGACCUGAACUUGGAGCUACCACAAGGACAGACGGGAUCAGUGGGUACCAGUGUUGCUUCUGCAGAGCAGGAUGAGCUGUCUCAAAGACUCGCAAAGCUCAGAGAUCAGAUGUAAAGAAUAACGGCAGUGGACUGACACCAGAACUCAAAAAUCUGCAACAUCCCUACACUACCUGAAUACAACUCUUGUUUAUGUACAUCAUGUCUUUCUUUUCCUUCCUCUUUUUUACAUCUUAUAUAUCUGUUAAGGAGAAAUCAUUUAGAAUGUUUCUCCUCAGUGAAAAUGUCUCAAAUUCUUGUUAAGCUUAAGGCAAUUUAAAAUCCUUACGGGAAACAUUUUUAUUAUUAAAUGAGAUGUUUGAGAGACACGCAUAAGUCUAUUUACAAAAAAGCUACUUAAUUUAACAAUUUUGUUAGAUACAUACAUUUUAGAACAAUAAUAAAAAGUCACAAACAUUAUUUAUUGGUUUAUUACAUACACAAUCAAAAUGUUUUGUGUAGUAUUUGAGGAUCUUUAGAACAUUUCCUUUUUUUGUGUUGACUUUUCUAUUUUAUUUGUGAUCAUUAUUUUAAGAAGGUCCUGGCAUGUGUCUGAUCACCUUCAUAAGUUUCUCAUUGUUUGGGAACAGUUUAGAGUAAACAAUAAAGUUUUAUAAUACUUA